AUGGGUGUUGUGUGUUGUAGAGAAGAUUCUUUAGAUCUUGAUGGAGAAGUCGACUUGUCACAUUUUACACUAUUAAGAUCUGUUGGAAAAGGUGCCUUUGGUAAAGUCAGAGUAGUUCAACAUAAAAGCACCAAGAAACUAUAUGCUUUAAAAUACAUCAACAAGACAAAAUGUAUCCAAAUGAAAGCGGUUGAAAAUAUUAUUUCUGAAAGAAAAUUAUUGGAACAAAUUGAUUGUAACCUGAUUGUAAAUAUGAGAUAUGCAUUUCAAGAUGAUGAAAAUCUAUUCAUGGUUCUCGAUUUAAUGCUUGGUGGUGAUUUAAGAUUUCAUUUGGAUAGAUUAGGUGUUAUGCCUGAAGAAUAUGUCCGAUUCUAUGCUGCUGAAGUUGCCUUGGGCUUACACUAUUUACAUUCAUUGAAUAUUAUUCAUCGUGACCUUAAGCCAGAUAAUAUCUUGCUGGAUGAAAAGGGUCAUGCUCAUUUAACAGAUUUUAAUAUCGCAACAAUGAUAACUGGUUCAAAGCCUCUGACUUCGGUUGCAGGUAGUUUUGCCUAUAUUGCACCUGAAGUAUUAUUAAAGAGAGGUUACCUCACUUCUGUUGAUUGGUGGUCAAUGGGCGUCGUCUGUUAUGAACUAUUAUUUGGCAAAAGACCAUUCAGAGGAAAAACAAACGACGCUUUACAGCAAGCAAUUCUACAUGAUCCAGUCACAUUUCCACAUCAUCAUAAAGUAUCAUCAACAGCUAUAGACUUUAUAAAAUCUCUACUCACUCGUGAUGUCGAUCGUCGUAUUGGCAACGGCAAACAAGGAUUUGACAGACUAAUGGCUCAUCCUUGGUUUGUUGGUAUGGAUUGGGAAAAAUUAAGAUUAAAACAAGUUGAUCCACCUUUUGUACCUGACAAUAAAAAGGCCAACUUUGAUCCAACUCAUGAAUUAGAGGAAAUAUUAUUAGAGAAUAACCCACUUAAAGUUAAAAAGAAGAAUCCUAAACGCAGUGCAGGUGUUUCUUGCUCAGAUAAAAGCCUUCAAAUAAACAGCUGA